GACUCAAUACAUUCCAAGUCUUUGCCUUUCUACCACGCCAUGUUCAACUCCCCUUUCCUCCCACCACCAGAGCCAGGCAUUAGUAUUCAUCAUGACACUGUUAUUCCAAGCACUUAUACUUCUGAUUAUUUACUUGACAAGUACUUCACUGAUCAUCUAGGAAGCCAAGAACUUUCUCAUUAUCUUGACAUACCGGAUCAUGGACAGCUCUUAAUCAACAAUGUUCAUGAAGAUUCCAAUUCUAGCCUCACAGCAUGUGUUCAUCCAACUCUGUUCACUCAAGAAAUGACUAGUACUACUGGAAGUUCAGCCAGCUGUAUGGAUGGCAUGCCAAUCAAUAGCUACAUGGAAGAAGAUCAGUCAAGUUGCAAGAGGGUGAUGAAGAGGGCUAAGGUGGAUCAAGGAAAUGUUAUUGCUAUUCGAACAAAGACUCAGCUUGAGAUCUUGGAUGAUGGAUUUAAGUGGAGGAAGUAUGGGAAGAAAAAGGUGAAGAGUAAUCCUAAUCCAAGGAAUUACUACAAGUGCUCCACUGAAGGGUGCAAAGUAAAGAAAAGAGUGGAAAGAGAUGUCGAAGAUCCAAGCUAUUUGGUUACAACUUAUGAGGGGAGGCAUAACCAUGAAGGCCCCUGUUUUAUCUAUUGUGAUGAAUUGCCAUUGGCCAUUUCCUAUGGAUGGACCUUGCAACCAUCACAAUCUUCAUGAUCAAACAGGCCAGUCCUGCUUCUGUAAUACUACCAACCAAAUUACAGCUGUAAAUAUAGCAGUUUAUAUUUAUAAUAAAGGAAAAGGAAUAAACAGUACGAUUAUUGGA